AUGCUCCUGCGGGGACAAGAGCGCCGGUCUCUUGCGUCCCAGCCCCUUCAGCAUCCCGGCCUCCGCAGGCAGGUAGAGCCCCCCGGACAGCUCCUGCGCCUCUUCUAUUGUACUGUCCUGGUCUGCUCCAAAGAGAUCGCAGCGCUCACGGACUUCUCCGGUUACCUAACUAAACUCCUGCAAAACCACACCGCCUAUGCCUGCGAUGGGGACCACUUGAAUCUCCAGUGUCCUCGGCAUUCUACGAUAAGUGUCCAAUCGGCAUUUUAUGGGCAAGAUGACCAAAUGUGUAGUUCUCAGCAGCCUGUAUCCCAGAAGAAAGACAGCCUAACUUGCAUGGCAUCCACCACUCUGCAGAAGGUGUUGGAUGAGUGCCAGAACCAGCGGGCCUGCCACCUCUUGGUCAAUAGCCGUGUUUUUGGACCUGACCUUUGUCCAGGAAGCAGUAAAUACCUCCUGGUCUCCUUUAAAUGCCAACCUAAUGAAUUAAAAAACAAAACUGUGUGUGAAGACCAGGAGCUGAAACUGCACUGCCAUGAAUCCAAGUUUCUCAACAUCUACUCAGCGACAUAUGGCAGGAAGACUCAGGAGAAGGACAUCUGCUCCUCAGAUACAGAGCAUCUCUCCCCCUUUGACUGCUUGUCUUAUUCCGCUUUGCACGUGUUAUCCAGGAGAUGCUAUGGAAAGCAGAGAUGCAAAAUCAUUGUCAACAAUCACCAUUUUGGAAGCCCCUGUCUGCCAGGAGUCAAAAAAUACCUCACCGUUACCUAUGCAUGUGUUCCCAAGAACAUCCUCACAGCAAUUGAUCCAGCUGUUGCUGAACUAGAACCUUCUUUGAAGAAGAAAGAUGGUGAAUAUGGUAUCAACUUUGACCCAAGCGAAUCAAGGAUUCUGAGAAAAGAUGGAGUUAUUGUUAGCAACUCUCUGGCGGCAUUUGCUUACAUUAGAGCCCACCCGGAGAGAGCUGCCCUGCUGUUUGUGUCCAGUGUCUGCAUCGGCCUCGUCCUCACAUUAUGUGCCUUGGUCAUCAGAGUAUCCUGCACCAAGGACUUCCGUGAGCUGCAGCUGGGGAGGGAGCAUCUGGUGCCAGCGAGUGACAAGGCCCAGGAGGACAUCGAGGAUGAAGAGGAGGAGGAGGGCUCUUCAGACUCAGAUUUUCCAGGAGAACUGUCGGGGUUUUGUAGGACUUCAUAUCCCAUCUACAGUUCCAUAGAGGCUGCAGAGCUAGCAGAAAGGAUUGAACGCAGAGAGCAAAUCAUUCAGGAAAUAUGGAUGAACAGUGGUUUGGACAGCUCACUCCCGAGAAACAUGAGUCAGUUCUACUGAAAACCAGAUGUGUCUUGAUGCAAUCACACUUUCUGAAGAGGGAAGGAUCCAGAAUGCCCCUCCACUUCUGUUUCACUUGUACCUUCUAUGAAGGAGAAUUUAUCAUGACAUCCAAGACUGAUGAAGCCAGAAAAUAUGAAAACAGACAUUUCAAACAGUUUACAGCACAUUCCAAAAUAAAUGAGGAGGGAGCAAGCCUUUGUUUUCUGU